AUGCUGCGACUCGUGACUUGUGCUGCUGCGCUCCUGGCACUUGCAACCGCGGACGGCGAUGCCAGCGGCGAAAUCAAAGUCGACGCAGAAGCUGGAGUCAACGAGUCGACCAUCCAUUGGGACAACUGGGCCAAGUCGGCCAAGCUGAACCCGACUGUGCAGCACAUUCCGCUGGAUCCGUCGGAAAGCGACUUGCGACCGCCACCAGCUCAAAUCCCCGACUCCUUCGACAUGUUCGUGGGCUCGUCGGUCUUUCGAGACGGGUAUCGGUGUGGCAAGACCCUGUUCACAGCGCUGAAGCGAGCAACGCACCCGGAACGGCUCCAAUUCGGCAUCGUGGAGCAAAUCUACGAGGGAGACCCAACUUGUCUCGACGAGUACUGCAAAAUGGCGGCGGAGGAGUGGCCUGAAGACCAAGAGUGCCGGUACAAGGCUCAGAUCACCGUGGACACUCGCGACGCGGCUAAGUCGGCUGGAUGCACGACGGCUCGUCACCUGCAGCAGAAGUUGGUGGGCGACCAAGAGUUUUGUCUGCAAGUGGACGGCCACAGCGUCUUCACGAACCGCUGGGACGAGAACAUCCUGGCGGACUGGGCGUCGAUCGACAACGAGAUGGCGGUCAUGACCAUGUACCCGCACCACACACACGACGGUAUGGUCAAGGAGAACGGGGACAACGCAAUCAUCAAUUCAAUUCCUCACCUGUGCACUACUAUCCGUGGUGGCAAUGGUUUGACGCGUAUCGUAGGCGCCAGUUUGAUCAAAGACUCGUGGAUGCCGCAGAUGGCCGCGCUCUGGGGCGGUGGCUACUCGUUCAGCAAGUGCCACGCAGAGCGCAGGGUGCUGAUCGACUCGCACACGCCGUGGCUCUGGGACGGCGAGGAGUUCAUGCGGUCUGCCAACUACUGGACGUACGGCUACGACUUGUACUCGCCGAGUAGAUUGGGCAAUGUUUUGUACCAUAACUACUCGAAAAAGCCGGCGAGCUUUUGGGCGUCACCUAUGGACCCCGUGAAAAAGGAGCUGGACACGGAAAUGGCUCGAAACCGCGUGCGUCUCCGCCUCGGGAUCCCGUUCAAGGGACCAGUUGAUACUUUCGAGCUUGAGAAGUACGGCUUCGGUACGGUGCGGUCGUUCGAGAGCUUCCUCGAGUUCGCCAACGUCUCACUUGAAGGCUGGAUGAACGACACGAACUCGUGUGGCCAGCUACACUGGGUCCCGUACGAGAAUGCAACGGAGGUGGAGGAGACUGUGGGUGAUGGCUGGAAGCUUUUCCUUGUGGUUGCCGUUCUGGUGGCGAUGUUCGUCACCAUCUCCAGCGACGCUGGCUCAGCGAUUCGUCGCCGACUUUGUAGUAUCCACACUAGCACUCACCGCAGCAUUUAG